AAGUGGGUCUUCUAGUUCAGCCACUACUCAAGCAGGAGACCCCGUAUACCAUUUCAGACAAGUGCGGGAUCUCAUCUGUUAGAUAGCAUUUCCCCCCAUUUAAAUCCCCCCCCCCCAGUCCUAGCAAUGCCAACCCAAAAAUCCCCUCCGAGAAUGCGCACGGGAUUGCUCUCACCUUGGGAUGCAAAACGAAGAGAAGCCGCUGCGCCCCCCCCCCCCCGCCCCUUUCCCCCGGGGGGAAGGGGAGAGCGACGCCUUUCCAGGAUUGCCCAAGACUUGGCUCCCGGCACAGCGCGGAACUGCCGAUGGUCGGCAGAUUUGUCUCAUCCGCUUCUCAGCUCAGCUCAGUCCCGCCCCUUUGCUGAAUACGGCGGAGUUUUCGGAAUGAGCUCAGCUCAUGCUUGGGAAUUCCCGGCCUCCGCUCCUCCCUUCUUAGAAACCCGCCAAUAUAAGCGAAGAGCACCAUGGAGACCGUCAGUCGCUUUCCAGGAUCUCUCAGCAGCCAACCUCGCUUCUUCCUACCCUCGACAUCAUGCGCGCUUCAGUUCAAACUGCCGCCGCUCUGGCUCUGCUGGUGCUGAUGCUCAGUUCUUCGAUUCUAGCAUCUGAUCCCCCAACCUCCUGCUGCUUCAGCUACACAAAAAAGAAGAUUCCACUCAAGCUUUUGGUCAAUUUCUAUGAAACAAAUGGCAGAUGCUCUCAGCCAGGUGUUGUGUUCAUCACACGGAGAAACCUGCAGAUUUGUGCCGAUCCCUCUGAGAAGUGGGUUCAAGAGCAUAUGAAUUACUUGAAAGCGAACCGAACAGUCCGUGCAACUGUGGCAAACUAGAAGAGAUGAAAACUUAAGGGCAUAACACAACUGCAUACAUACUUGCUUAAUCAAGCAAUUUUCCACGUGCAACUGCACUUAAAUCUCAGGAAAUUAUUUUAAAAUAUUUAAAGUAUUUUAUUUGGGGAAUGAAUGUUCACUCCUAGUAAUUAUUUUAUUUAUGAAAAAAGUUAAGAUAAGAUAAAGGAAUUUUGUAUAUGUUUAUGUAUUUGAGUGUUAGAAUAUACAUGAAACCGAAAAAAUAUUUGUGUUAAU